AUGCCCCAGACCAUCCGCAAGGAACUCCAGCCUAUCCCAGCGAACUAUACAGCCUCAGACCAUCCACACGGAACUACAGCAUAUCCCAGCAAACUAUACUGCCACAGACUCUUCAUCCGGACCUCCAGCCUUUCCCAGCGAACUAUACUGCCACAGACCAUCCACAUGGAGCUCCAGCCCAUCACAGCGAACUAUACUGCCCCAGACCAUCCAAACGGAACUCCAACCUAUCCCAGCACCCUCCUCACGGACCUCAAGCCUAUCUCAGCAAACGUAGAUCCAGCCUAUCCAAGCAAACUAUACUGUCCCAGACCAUCCACAUGCAUCUCCAGCCUAUCACAGCAAACUAUACUGCCACAGACCCUCCACACGGAAAUCCAGCCUAUCCCAGCCAACUAUACUGCUCCAGACCAUCCACACGGACCUCGAGCCUAUGCCGGUGAACUACACUGCCCCAGACCCUCCUCACGGACCUCAAGCCUAUCUCAGCGAACUAUACUGCCCCAGACUAUCCACACGGACCUCCAGCCUAUCCCAGCAAACUAUACUGGCCCAGACCAUCCACAUGGACCUCCAGCCUAUCCCAGCAAAAUAUACUGCCCCAGACCAUCCACACGGAACUCCAGCCUAUCCCACCGAACUAUACUGCCCCAAACAAUCCACACGGAUAUCCAUCCUAUCCCAGCGAACUAUACUGCCCUAGACCAUCCACACGGAAUUCCAGCUUAUCCCAGCAAAGUUUGGCAAACUAUUCUGCCCCAGACCAUCUACACGGAACUCCAGUUUAUCCCAGCGAACUAUACUUCCACAGACCAUCCACACGGAUCCCCACCCUUUCCCAGCACACUAUACUGCCCCAGACCAUCGACACGGACCUCCAGCCUAUCCCAGCGAACUAUACUGCCCCAGACCCUCUACACGAAGCCCCAGCCUAUCCCAGCGAACUAUACUGCCCCAGACCAUCCACAUGGACCUCCAGCCAAUCCCAGAAAACUAUCAUGCCCCAUACCAUACACAAGGAACUCCAGCCUCUCCCAACCAACCACAAGGAACUCCAACCUAUCACAGCGAACUAAACUGCCCCAGACCAUCAACACGAACAUCCAGCCUUUCCCAGCCAACUAUACUGUCUCAGACCACCCACAAGGAACUCCAGCAUAUCACAGCGAACUAUACUGCCCCAAACUCUCCACACGGACCUCCAGCCUAUCCCAGCGAAGUGUAUUGCCCCAGACGAUCCACACGGACCUCCAGCCUUUCCCAGCGAACUAUACUGCCCCAGAUCCUCCACACGGACCUCCAGCAUAUACCAGCGAACUAUACUGCCCCAGACCAUCUACACGGAACUACAGUUUAUCCCAGCGAACUAUACUUCCACAGACCAUCCAAAAGGACCCCCAGCCUAUCCCAGCACACUAUAUUUCCCCAGACCAUCCACACGGACCUCCAGCCUAUUCCAGCGAACUAUACUGCCCCAGACCCUCUACACGGAGCCCCAGCCUAUCCCAGCGAACUAUACUGCUCAAGACCAUCCACAUGGACCUCCAGCCUAUCCCAGAAAACUAUCAUGCCCCAGACCAUCCACAAGGAACUCCAGCCUAUCCCACCUUUCCCAGCGAACUAAACUGCAUCAGACCAACCACAAGGAACUCCAGCCUAUCACAGCGAACUAAACUGCCCCAGACCAUCAACACGGACAUCCAGCCUUUCCCAGCCAACUAUACUGCCUCAGACCACCCACACGAAACUCCAGCAUAUCACAGCGAACUAUACUGCCCCAAACUCUCCACACGGACCUCCAGCCUAUCCCAGCGAACUAUAUUGCCCCAGACGAUCCACACGGACCUCCAGCCUUUCCCAGCGAACUAUACUGCCCCAGAUCCUCCACACGGACCUCCAGCAUAUACCAGCGAACUAUACUGCCCCAGACCCUCCACACGGACCUCCAGCCUAUACCAGCGAACUAUACUUCCCCAGACCAUCCACACAGAACUCAAGCCUAUCCCAGCGAACUAUACUGCCCCAGACCCUCCACACGGCACUCCAAGCUCCAGCCUAUCCCAGCGAACUAUACUGCCCCAGACCAUCCACACGGAACUGCAGCCUAUCCCAGCAAACUAUACUGCCCCAGACCAUCCACACGGACCUCCAGCCUAUCCCAGCCAACUAUACUGCCUCAGACUAUCCACAUGGAACUCCAGCCUAUCCGAGGAAACUAUACUUCCUCAGACUAUCCACACGGAACUCCAGCCUUUCCCAGCGAACUACAUUGCCCCAGACCAUCCACAUGGAGCUCCAGCCUAUCCCAGCGAACAAUACCGUCCCAGACCAUCCACACGGAUCUGCAGCCUAUCCCAGCGAACAAUACUGCCUCCGACCAUCCACACGUACCUCAAGCCUAUCCCAGCGAACUAUACUACCUCAGACUAUCCACGCGGACCUCCAGCCUAUCCCAGCGAACUAUACUGCCCCAGACCCUCCACACCGAACUCCAGCCUAUCCCAGCGAACUAUACUGCCCCAGACCAUCCACACGGAACUCCACCUAUCCCAGCAAACUAUACUGCCCCAGACCAUCCACAAGGAACUUCAGCCUUUCCCAGCGAACUAUACUGCCCCACACCCUCCACACGGAACUCCAGCCUAUCCCAGCGAACUAUACAGCCCCAGAGCCUCCAUACGGACCUCCAGCCUAUCCCAGCGAACUAUACUGUCAAAGACCCUCGACAUGGAACUCGAGCCUAUCCCAGCAAACUAUACUGCCACAGACCCUCCACACGUUGUUGAAUAUGACCAGUAUUUCAAGGAUGUUCCAUCUGAUAAGACAACUAGGGACAGUCUUCCAGAACCAGAUACAGUGGAAGAAAGUGAAGAUUCAAAUGUGGAAUAG